CUUGUUCCAUCACGAAAGAUCGAUUGACACUGAAAAUUUGAUUGGUGGAAAUCUUCAGUAUAAAUAAAUCAUCUGCAUAUAUUGCUUCGUGACUCCCUGAAUUUCUGCAGAAAGCUUAGAGGUGUACAUUGGGAUUUAUCCAUUGACGUUUAUAACACAUGGAAUAAGUGGAAAGGGUAGAAUGGCGACUGAUAUGACCGACACGAAGAAACCCGUGAAAGGAAUUUUAAAGUCUUCCUCGAGCUUUGACCAUGAAAAACACAAGGCAAUGAAGGAGCAAAAAGACAAAGAGAUGAAGUGGGAUGAAAUGAAUAUAUUAGCCACACACCAUCCCCCUGACAAAGACUAUGGUCACAUGAAAAUUGAUGAGCCUCCAACUCCCUACAGCAAAUAUUCAGAUGUGGAAGACGAUGAUGAUGAUGAAGAGAAAGCCAGUAAGAGUGGUUCUGGGACGAUGGGAGACCUCCUCCCGGAAGACAUUGCUAACAGACUUGCUGAGACACAUAGACCUAGAUCAACAUCUUUCAGUGAGGAGGAUUCUUCCUCUGAGGAUGAGAAUGAAACUGAGGAGGAAAGGGCUAAAAGAAAACAAUUUGAGCAGAAAAGGAAACUGCACUACAAUGAAUUUCAAGCUGUUAAACUCGCCAAACAAUUGAUGGAAGAAGAGGAAGAAGAAGAUGAUGAAGAAGACACAGAAGAAAAUGGGACGAAGGAAGAAACCACCAAUAGUGAAGUCAUCCAGCCUAUGGAAGAAAACAAUAUAAAGGGAUCUAGUUAAUUUAAAAUUAAUGCCAUGGAUCCUAUUUUUCAUAACUCAGUUGUACUUAAUAUUUAGUCAAGUGGUUGAUAAUUUUCCAUUAGAAUCUGCUUUUUUGCAAAUUUCCCCCUUUCGAAUUGCAAGGUUUGAUAAAGUGUACAAUAACAGAGGUCAUUCUACAUGGACAACGAUUUCUUGUGAAACGUGUGCAUUUCCUUGUACAAAUUAGUUAACACAUGUUUUGUACCCAAGCAGCAUUUUAAAGACCUGAAAAUUUUGCAAAACAUUUUUCCAUCAUUUUUUCCAUUAUAUGCUUUCAUAUUUUUUGCUUGCCAUAGUAAAGGAUUUUACUUCAUAUUCAUGCAUCACUGUGCCAACAAUGAUAAUUCUAGACAUCUGUACACUAGAUUUCUGCCAACAGUUGUUUUUGGACAGUUUUUCAGGAAAGGGAGACAUCUUAACUUUUCUCAGCAGCAAGGACCAUUUCAAUUGAUUAUCGUGUAAUCAUGUAACAAAUUAUGAAUUAUUACAAUUUUUGUCACAUUUGUAAUAUUAACGUGAUGUUGGCUCUGAAAAGAUUCAUCUAGUGUAAUAAAUUUUAAAUAAUAAGAUCAGAAUACUGUACUGUAAUUAGUACAUCACCAUAAUAUUUCAUUCCUGGGUGGAAAUGUAUUGAGAACUGUAUUUUUGUCUGGAGAAUCUCAUUAGGUAUGGAUGAAAUUGAGUAUAUAUAGCACCGAAAACAUGUCUUAGUGGCCAUAGUUAAAUGUAUUUAAUACUUAAAGUGCAAAUAUUGUCCCAUGUUGUGAUACAUAUCUGUAGUCCCUUAAUUUGUUCUGCAUCUUUUAUUUGAUUCCAUUAGUUGAGCAGUUUUCUGUUUGUUUGUUUUUUUUAUUUUUUCGUUUUGUUUUUGUAGUUCAUUUAAGGAUCAGUCAAACAUUAUGCAAAUGUGAUUUCUACUUCAGGAUAUCAUUUAUUUAUGGCUAGUUUUUGUGUAAACUUCUACACAAAUGCAGUGUUGGGUAUAUGUGUGGAAUAUAGUACAAUGUAACGAUUUAUAAUUGUAACAUGGGGUUAGACAUAAGAAAGGGGGAGGAGGUUGAGAUGCUGCAGUGUUAUUUAAUAUUAAUUGAUUAUUUUGGACUUUACAGUACUGUUAAUCAUACAUCUACAUGUACCAAUUGACUGAGACACAUCAGCCUUAAUAUAUGAAAACUUGAAUGCACACCAAGGUAUUUUAUUAAUAUUUUGAAAGUCAGUCUCGUAAAUUGAUUGUCUUGAACCGUGACAUCAUGGAAGAGUAUAGAUAUAUCUCUAUAACACAAGACAAAAUCAUUAGCCAAAGCACAUCAAAGAUUAAAUUUAUAAUGACCUGCACAAAAUGCACUCUAAUACUACAGAAAUAUGACUACUCUUUUUUAAAAAACUAAGAUUUUACCACAGAAAAAAAUUAAUGGCUGAAAUAUUGCCAUCUUAGUGCAAGCCCAAAACAAUCAAUCAAUCAAUGUACAUGUACUAAGAUUUUACGUACAAUUUUUUCCCCCCAUUUUUGAUUCACAUAUGCGGUGAAAAUUUAAAAUAGCUUUGUAAACAGCAUGCUAUAUGAAAAGAUUACAACUGUAAUUAUGUCCAUUUAAUGUGUAUCAUUGGUUUGUUGAAAAUUUGUGACUGGAAAGUGGUGUAUAUAAUCUACUAGGAUUGGGGAAAAAGUAUAUGUGUUUGCUUAAAUAAAUGCAUAAUUUUAUUAGCAUACUAUAAAGACUAUUGUAUAUAUAUACCUACUACAGUUCUGCCUGAACAUUACACCUAAGCUUAAUACAGAUUUAGUUUAGUUUUAAGAGUAUAAGUUUGACACAGUUGCUUUGUUUUAAUAUACAGGUUGUGUGUUUCAAAAGCUUUGCAAAUAUACCUGUAAUUCUUAAAGAAGCCAUAGACAUGGAUAUAUUUUUGUUAUUUUGCUUCUUUUUUUCUUUUCAAAUUAUAGUUAUUAGACUAAGUGCUUUAUUACAUGUAUCUCCAUUAAUAUUAAUUUUGAACAUUUAGACAGUAGAGUUUGAUUCAGUGACUAAUUUACAAAUAUUGCUGAAAAUUAUUUACAAUGGGGUUUUAAUUUUUAAACAGAGUGACCUCAAAUGUGUCUCUUCUUCAAUAUAUGGGACACAUAGUCUAUUUGUGAGUCUUAUUUCUCCCAUAUUUUAUAGUGCUUUGUUUAUAUUUCUACUUCACUAGUUGGGCAUGAUAAAAGAUACCUCACCCCUUUUAUAUUCUUAAAAGCUCAACAUUAUUUAUUGAUGUAAAGUUGCUUUUUAUGUAUAGCCUUAAAACUUCAAAAACUGGAAGAUGGGACAUACAUCACCUCCAUAUGGUUCAACCAUAUUCAAGGUCCUUUUCUAAAGUGCUAUUUUGUAAAGUUUCUUGGCUUUAUUAAAGCCAGCAGUGAUUUGAAAUAGGGGAGUAGUCUACAACGUUCCCCUCUAAAAUAUUAAAAUUACUCAACUUUAUCAAUAGAAAUAUGUGUAUAAUCUUUCACAGGAGCAGAUCCUAAACAGUGCUUUUAAUUUACCAGAAAGCAUAAUGUGAGAGAAAAAUUGCAAUAUUUAUGCAAAUCUUUUCUGACACACAUUUUUAUUUUGUUUCUGACCUGUAACUUUUGUAAAAAGUUAAAGAUCAUACAGUUAAAGCGAGGAGAGCGUACUUUAAAGGUAUAAGUGAUUCUUAACUUGGUCUUGGUCUUGUUAUUCUGUUUAUUAAAGAGGGGAUUUUUUUUUUUUUUUUUUUUUUGGUAAUCAAAAAAAUGAUACACUUCAUUCUUUUUUUUUCAUAAUAUACCAGUUGAUAUGCAAAUAAAAAUAUAUGAAGAAUUUUGUUCAUUGUUAUACCGUAUAAGCAGAAUAUUCUUAGCUAGGAUUCAAUUUUGGCAUUAUUAUUAUUUGAGAUCUCUAAAAUUGAAUAUCACUAACAAUUUAUUCCUUAUCUAUAGGUUGUUAUAGCUAUCUUCCUUGACAUUAUAAAAUCGCUAAAAUUAUUUCUCCCUAUAAAUAUAUACCAAUUUUUGCUGAUAAAUAGCUAAAUUUGCGUCUUGGUAAAAAUUCAACUUGUAUGGUAUUAGACAAUAAUUUUUUGUUUUAAUGAAAGUUUUAUGAAUGUUUUAUUUGUUCCUUUUCUGCAAAUUUAUUUAAAAAAAUUCAUUGUAUUGAUCUUUAGUUAAAAGUGUUAUUUUGUAUAUACCAUUUCUAUAAAUACCUGUAAAUUUUGAGAAUUGUGAGACUUGAUAUAGAUUUAUUUAUCAAUUAAUUGUCAAAUAAGUGUAAUAGGCUAGCUGCUGGUGCAAAGGAGUGCAUUAAUAUUAAAAUCAGAAAAAAAAGUAUUAUUUGUAAUAAAAUUGAAGAACUGGCUGAA